UGAGUCGGAGCUUUCAUAAAACGGCGAGUGGGAAGGUUCAGAAACAUGUUCUGCGCGAAUGGAGCAAGGAACUGGCGCGCGGCAAUGUGGGGCAGAAUAUAGACGCGUCGCGUGUGCUGUUGUAGUGAGCCUAGGUUGAUUAAGAUCCACAUAUAUACGAUAUAUGAGAGAGAAACCAUGUUUUCCCUAAACAAACAACCCUAAAUAGAGUUUCAAGUGCAGACCAAUUCAUAAAAUAUACAUUCCUACAAUCGAUUUCAAUGCUAGACACAGAUCCCCAUUCAAUGAACAGCUGCAUUGGGGCUUGUCUCUGUAGAAUGGAACGGUGGAGGACAUGGGGCUGUUUUUCGGGGUCGGCCGCGUUUCCUCGUCACCUGGGGAGGGCACGCGGAUAGAGGCCUGAGUGCGUCCGUUCUGGGUUUUUUCCUCGCCCCUACUACGUCAUCACUAUCCUCGCCCUCGUCCUCGCCCUCGUCCUCACCCGCACCGGACACCGCCGGGUCGUCUCCGCGAGCGACCCACUCAGACUCCCACGCCUCGACCACGCGGUCGCCCGCAUCGCCGCCGCCGACGGCCAAGCGCACGAGCGCCUUGAGCCCGGCGACCUCCCGCUCGUACCGCUUCUCGCGGCUCUUGAGUACGUGGAUGUACUCCGUGGCCUUGAGCAGCACGGCCGCCUUUGAGUUCUUCCGCGCGACCUUAACGCCGUCCACCAUCCCCUCCGCGUCGAUCACGUCCAUAUCCGUGAGGUCGACGGGCGCAGAGGAGGACGGGUCGGAAAGCGCACGGCGGUCCAGGACGCGCAGCGCCGGCACGGCAGCGCGCAGGGCGAGGAUGCGCGCGUGCAGGUUCGAGCGAUACCGGCGCUCCGUCGGGCUGCUCGUUUUCAGCCGGGGCGCCGAUGGGGCGGCUGCACCGGGGAAGGGCGCGGCGCAGGCGCGGGGAGCGUUGGCGCCCGGUGCAGGAUCGGUGUGGGGGAGGGAGGGCGCCGAGAAGACGCCGGCGGAGAGCAGGACUCGGCAGGCCAGUUCCGCCGAGUCGUGUGUGGAGCUGGGGGCGAUGUCGGCUGAGGCUAGUGGUCCGGGAAGCGGCGCGGAUUUCCGUGGCGGUGGCGAGUGGAAUAGAAAAGCCGUUUCGUCCAGGUCAGGCAGCGGAGACAGCUGGCACGAUGGCGUGGACAUAAGCGACGAGUGGCCACUUCCACUUUCCCAAUCGGACAACGGGGACUCGGACACCGGAUGGGGCUUCUCGAAGGGGAGAUGUGGCGCGGUGGCGCACGAGGGGGAGGAGGGGUAACUUGGCGCACUGGGCUGCAGACACAUGCCAGGUUCAAACAAGGUGGAACUAUUGAGCAUUGCGUCCAUGAGACCAGUCCCGAUCUCCAGCGGCAGCGACCACAGUCUAUAAAGCGUACGCCAGUCCGGCGGGGGCGCGCAGUCCGUCAUAGCGUCCACGCUCCAGUUGGAAAAGGUGGGUGAGGGAUGCAGGAAACCCAGCGGGUCGCGGGCUACGAAGGCAGGUGCAGUGGACAUCAUAAGAGAGGGGGGCGGAGGACAAGGAAUAAUUCCUGGGCCCGCAUUGCUGGUGGUUUUAACUGUUGCAUUUGGAAAACCGACCAAAGCAAGUUAGAUUGUUUGCGUCCGGUUCAAGGAGAUAGCCGAGUGACCCACGGGAAGCACAGUUGUGACAUCGUGUGCUGUCACAAAGCCUGCCUGAAACGGCGGUUAUGGGUGUUCCUGCUGCCGAUUUACGUUCUUGGGCGAGCCGUCGCUCUGGCACCCAGACGAAAGAGGCGACGAGGACUCCCGACGUCGCGUGAAGGAUGUCCUGUCCUUCUUCUGAGCGAAUCCUUUGGGCGAAGCAUCGUCCCUGCAGCAAGUUCUACAGCGAACUGGCGGUGCAUGACACCUCCCCUCGGGGGUUAUGUCAUGGCAGUCUCUGGACCCUGAAUUUUCUACGAAUUGGCGACUGUGAAAAGUGUCGGUUCUACUCUUGUAUCCUGGACCGUGCUGGUCUAUGCACUUGCCCUAAGCUGCCUUGUCGAAUGUGUUUGCAAGCCUGCGAUCAUGUUUCAGCAUGCCGGUCCCUGCCUUCAUCGACCCUGGAUGCAC